UCGCCCUUUUGUAAUUAGAAAGCCUACACACUGUUUCCGGCGGGCAGACGUCUCCAACCACCACCCUUCGAUAGCAGACGGCAGUAGAAGGGCAAAGAGAGCGAGAAAAAUUCAGCUAAGAAUUAUUGAGAUUUCCUACUUAUUUUAGGGUUCAUUAACCUCAUCAUCAUCUUUUGAAGAGAGAGAAAGCAAAAUCGCUGCGUUUCUGUCAUCUUAGGGUUGAUUAACCUCAUCUUUUAACAAAUCUGCGUCGAUUUCCUUUUCGUCAAUUUCAAUGAUCGCACAAUGGAUUUGGAGACCGAGAAUCGAAUAGCAGCAAUUCUAUUGAGAGAGGCUGCGGAAAUUCGACGCCAAGCUCAGCAAGAUGGUGCGCUUGCUUAUCUUCGCAACCCUACCGUUAGAGGUCGCCCUAAUUCUCGGUUUCUUACGGCCACAGUUCGUGGCAUUCAACAAGUCAAUCGAGCUGUGGAAGUAAAUGAAAUGUGGAGGAUUCGGCAGAAAGAGAAAGAGCUGGAUGAUAGGCUCAAAGAUAGGUCAAGGGAUUACCACAGCCACAGUAGCCGAGAAGGAACCAGUGAUUUGUCCGGUAGCCAAAGCAAGAGGCAUAGUUUAAAUUCCUCGUGCUCAUCCAGCAAAAGAUCAUAUGAAGAUCGCUCUAAAGAAGACGAAGGCUUGAGGGAUGAAGAUAUUGAGGAGUUUCUGCACUCGAGGGUUAAACGUGGAAGGGGUUCUAUAGGGUCAAGGAUGGAUGAAACUGGUCCUUUUCUUCCUCGUUCUUCGGAAUCCCCAGAUGGUGUGGCUACUGACCACAAAAAGGACGAGAAGCAUCGCCAUACUAUUCUUGGUCCAGAGAAGCCCUCAUCUUGGAAACAUUGUAAUUCUUCUGAUUCAUCUGACAAUGAUGAGCCGAAGAGAUCCAAGAAGACUAGUUCAGGAGGAUCGAAAAAGAAACACUCCAAGAAGCAUAAAUCAAAAGAGAAGUCGAGGGAUAAGAAAAAGGACAAACGAUAUAAACAUUAAGAAGGCUGGAUAAUGAACUGCAACUUCUUAAUUCAAAUUGCGGGUUCCAUUCUCUUGAUGUUCAUAUUUCUCUGCAUGUUCUUCUUAGCAGAAUAGCAGUUGAACGGUAGUAUAUUUUCUCCCCGGCAAGUCAGACGGUUACAAAUGUUCUUUCCUAUUUUGGUGUUCCAGUAUAUUGUAAUUAUGUAGAUGUAUUGGUUACCAAAAAGAAUCUGAAGCACCUGUUUAUUUGGGCAGUGUUUUCGAUGUGCUUGGUUCGGUGUUGUCUUGUUUUACUUAUUCUCCUUGACCUAAUUAUACAAUGAGACCUCAGAUUGCAGCAUUUCA